UAAAAAAGCGAAGGCGAGAAGGCAGAGCGGAGGAGUGCUUGUCUCACAAUCAUCACCAGGUCAGUGCGGACGCCCCGAUCUCGACCCGCAUUUUCCAGCAGCCCCUUUCUCCUCCUCCUCCUGGAGCCCGGAGGGAAGGAAGGACAUCCCUGCGGGCCACCCACCCCCCUCCAUGGCUCCUUCUUGGAGCUUGCCUCUUUGAUUCUUAAGCGAGGCAGGGAUCUGCUCUUUGGCAAGGAAGGGAAGCUCUGCCUGCGGAGGUCUCUUGGAAGAAGAGCUUGGGUCGGUUCAACAAUCAGGAGAUGCAGAGGUCUUGCUUGGCAAUCACAAUGGCACAGUAAGCCUGAAGAGAGGACUUUGGAAAUUUAUCCAUUGUGCCAGUUAGAGUAAAUCACUGACAUUACUGCAACCAGUCCCACUGCCUCCUUUUCCUCAUCAUGGCCAAAAGUGCGGAAGUUAAACUGGCCAUCUUUGGUCGAGCUGGAGUGGGGAAGUCAGCUCUCGUUGUGCGUUUUCUGACCAAACGGUUCAUAUGGGAAUACGAUCCUACUCUUGAGUCAACUUAUCGUCAUCAAGCCACCAUUGACGAUGAAGUUGUUUCCAUGGAAAUACUAGAUACAGCUGGGCAGGAAGACAUCAUUCAGAAGGAAGGACACGUUCGAUGGGGAGAGGGCUUUGUGUUGGUCUAUGACAUCACAGACAGAGGGAGCUUUGAAGAAGUCCUGCCACUUAAGAACUUGUUGGAUGAAGUCAAAAAACCCAAGAAUGUGACUUUGAUCCUAGUUGGGAACAAAGCGGAUCUGGACCACUCAAGACAGGUCAGCACAGAAGAAGGGGAGAAGCUGGCCACAGAACUAGCAUGUGCAUUUUAUGAAUGCUCUGCUUGUACAGGAGAAGGCAACAUCAUGGAGGCCUUUUAUGAGCUAUGUCGGGAAGUGCGGCGACGGAAAAUGGUCCAAGGAAAGACCCGGAGACGGAGCUCAACCACACAUGUCAAGCAAGCAAUUAACAAGAUGCUCACCAAAAUUAGCAGUUAAAUACCUAUAAACAUUUUCCAAUGGUUAUUGUAGAACAGGUUAAGCUUGGGUGAAAGGGGAGCACAAGGUCAGAUUGAAUGAAUGAAUGAAUGAAUGAAUGAAUGAAUGAAUUACGGCACAUGGCCAGCACCAGUUGUAACAAAGCUUUGAUGUUACUUGGAAAGGAGCUACAACUCCCACAAUCCCUCAUCUAGUAUGGUUGCUGACCAUGUUGGCUCUGGGCUUCUCAGUUGUAAUCCCCCAAAAUGACUUUUCCAAGAUGUUGAUUGCAGUCAGAAAAAAAAGAUGGUCCAUGUUUUGUGCACUCUCUCUCCCCUAACCCUCUCUCUUAAACUAUCAUAUUAUUCUUCCUGAAGUUAUAGCAAAUAAAGCAAUGGUGGUAGUUGCUCCACUCCAGUUUAGUUGACAACUAAAUAGUGUUAUUAUUUUUAAAAAUAAAAAAGCAACAAUACAGCAUCACUUAGAGAAUGGGAAAUUUAUUAGGAUGUGUCAGAUAGGUUACUGCUUCACCUUCUGCCAAGCAUGUUCACAUAUCAUGAUUUUAUAAUGAGUUAUCACUGGCUAAUAGGUGACUCUUCAGUUUGAUUUUAUUACAGCAGAUGACCUUUUAACAUUGAUAAUUACUGUCAAAGACAUUUCACAAUCAGUAAUAUGCUACAAUCUGCAUGUGGCCAUUUCACAAGUGAUUCAUCUGUAACAUCCAUGAGCAGAAUUUGUCUGAUUUUCUUACUCAGCCAGAAAACUGAGAAACCAAAAAUCUGGUAACCUAAUGGCCAUGUUCCUACACUGGGGUGCCAUAUGGUAAAUCACAAACUUGAGAGUUAGGUGGUGGUUGCACUGCACUAUCCUUAUAGUUAGUGGUGAUAUCUCUGUGCAUAUCUCUGUUCACUGGACGUAUUCAUGAUGCCAUUGCACAAUCACAGUGCACAAUAUCAUCCAAAUGUUUUUAAAAGCCACACAUCUCCCUAAUGACAGCACUAGAACAGCUCAGUUUCCAAUGACAACAGUUAUACAGCAGCCAAAAAUGUGUAACCACAUUAUACUCACACAGUUCAAUUUCUGUGAUUGUAAUCCAAAAACAGGCAUUGCACAAUGGUAAAAAAAAUGUAUAACCAUGUGCAUAGGAGAACUUGCACAUGUGUAAAGACACUAUCAGGAUUCUGUCCAUGUUCUCCACUGUAUUUAGUAGAACACUGCAGGCAGGCAACCAGCUUAACAAGUGUCUGUAUGCUCAUUGUGGUGAAGUUGCCCAUUGCUAAACAAUCUAUUUACCAGUAGUCAGUCUCUAAGCUCUUAGAAUGCUUAUAUAUCUUGCUGGUAAUCUAUGGAUGGCAUGGUAUUGACUUCAUAUAUUUUGCCGUACUACAUUUUAAUUUAUUGUGAUUUAAAAACAACAAUGACAGUGCUUCUAUUGUGUCUCUUUCCCUGGAAAAUGUUAGUGCCUACAUUUUGGUAGGAGAUCUUCAAACACUUAGCUAAUGGAAACUCUUCAAUGGCUUGAUAGAAUCCACUGCAUUUGUCCUGUUAAAAGUUUAUUUCUUAUGUUGUUUUUCAGCUGUGAAGGUUUUUCUGAAGCAUCGCACAAAUGUUACAAAAAUUAAACAGCUGCAAACACAUUGUAUCAAAA